GAGAGACACGUGUCCAGCUCUCCACCUGGUUGAAUCCCGGAUCGCAUGCAAGAUGGAUGAAACCAUCCUCCAUUCAGAAGUUCAGCCCUGCAACUUCAGGACCAUCCAAUACCAGGAGGCUGAGGGUCCCAGAGAACUUUGCAGCAAGCUCCACAACUUUUGUAGGCGAUGGCUGAGACCAGAAAAGCACACCAAAGCCCAGAUGCUGGACCUGGUUGUUCUGGAGCAACUCCUGGCUAUCCUUCCUCCAGAGAUGGAGGGCUGGGUGCGGGAGUGUGGAGCAGAGACCAGCUCCCAGGCGGUGGCCCUGGCAGAGGGCUUCCUCCUAAGCCAGGCAGAGGAGAAGAAAGAGCAGGUUGAGUUGCAGUGCUGCACUGUGGAGAUCAGAGAUCCUGCUGGAAAGAAGAAUCCAUCAAAUCCCCCUCAGGAGCCAUUUUUCAGGAGGAUCCCUUGGGAAGAACCAAGUCAGGACACCUCAAGAGAGAUACAAAGAAUGAAGUUUUCUGGUUUUAACGAUAGAGCUCAAGCAGUGUUUGAACCUCCAAAUCAAGUAAGAAAGGGGGAAAUUGUUAGUUUUGUAUUCUCCCUUUGCUUCACUAAGUAAAGUGGGUGUUCAGAGUGCUCUUUUCUUCUAUUUCCCCUCCUUGUUUGGGCUGGAUUAUUUUUGUGUUCCUGAGAGACAUAGAAAGCAUAAUAGGAGGUUCAAGUUGCUUUCAAUACA